AUGGUGGUUACAGGAAGUGAACAUUCUCAAGGGCUGUGGUUAUCUACAGAGUCAAACAAAUGUGUCGAUAACCACAGAUGCAAGCAGUACAUGGGGUUGGGGUGGACAUAUGAACAGCCUUACUGUGCAAGGACGUUGGACUCCUUUACAACAACUCCAACACAUCAAUUGUUUGGAGAUGGAAGCUGUGAUCAGAACAGUAAGACAUUUCCUACCCCGCCUGAAACACAAAAAUGUAUUGAUACGCUCGGACAAUAUGACAGUUGUACAAUACAUCAACAAACAGGGGGGUACGAAAUCUCUGAAUCUCUGCCAGAAAACUUGGGAUCUUUGGACAUUGGCACUAGCCAAUGGCAUGUCACUGAAAGCAGCUCAUAUAGCUGGAGACAAGAAUAUACUGGCAGAUGCUCUGAGCAGAUACAGAGUAAAGGAGACAGAGUGGUCCUUGAACAAAACAGUUGUGAGGAAAGUUUUCAGCAUCUUGGGUUUUCCAAUGAUGGAUCUGUUUGCGACAAUAGAAAACAAACAGACACAACUGUUUUGUACUUGGAUUCCUCACCCAGCGGCAUAUGCAGUGGAUGCCCUCUCAAUCGCAUGGACGAACAUGUAUGCCUAUGCAUUUCCACCGAUAAAGUUGAUACCACGUGUUCUGUCUCACAUGCAGAAAUAUCAGUGUACACUAAUUCUAAUUGCUCCGAAUUGGCCGCGUCAACAUUGGUUUCCGAUUCUACUGCAAAUGUUGAUUGCACAACCACUGAUACUACCCGUGCAGUCGGAUCUAUUGUCUCAAGUCAAGGGGAGAAUUGUACAUCCUCGACCCGAGAUUCUAAAUCUGACUGCAUGGCUCAUAUCGACAGAUACUAUGAAACAAGAGGCUUUUCAGAAAAAUCUAGAAAAUUACUGGCAGCCUCAUGGCGAUUGGGCACUAAGAAAGACUAUAGAUCUAAGUUCAAAAUUUUCAGUCAUUGGUGUAGUGAACAACAAAUUGAUCCAUACACAGCAUCUCUAGAACAAUGCAUAAAUUUCUUAUCUGAAAAAUUUUUUGCAGGUUCUGCAUAUAGGACUUUAUCUGGCUAUAGAUCUAUGAUGUCUUCUGUAUUACCUAGGGUUGAUAAUUUUGCUGUUGGACAACACCCUGUAGUCAUAAGGCAUUUAAAGGGCGUAUUUAAUGAAAGACCACCUUUAAAAAAACUUGUUCCUGAAUGGGAUUUACCUUUUGUUUUACAGGCACUAACAGAGACUCCUUUUGAACCGUUGAGAAAAGCGUCCCUGAAGCAUCUUACAUGGAAAACAAGCUUCCUUAUUGCUGUAACAUCUUUCAGACGAUGUAGUGAUUUGCAGAAUCUCAAGCUUGGUGAGGGAAAUGUUAACAUACAAAAUAAAGGUAUAAGUUUCAUAAGACAAGGCCUUUCCAAGCAAGACAGACCAAAUCAUGUUCCUACACCUGUGUUUAUUCCGGCGUUUCCAAAGAACAAAUUAUUAGAUCCUAAACGCUGUUUGGCUGUGUAUUUAAAACGCACUGAACAAUUUCGAAAUAUAGGUACAGAAUCUGAUGUCACUGAACUAUUUCUUUCGGUUAACAAACCUCAUCGACCAGUUACAGCACAGACAAUUUCAAGAUGGAUUGUCAAAGUUAUCAAAUAUGCAUACAAGAACAGUAAAAAGAACAUUAAAAAUGUGAAAGGUCACUCAACGAGAAGUAUAGGUCCUUCUUGGGCACUUUUCCACGGUGCAACAGUGAAAAGCGUGAUGGAGUCCGCUGACUGGUCUAAGGAGACCACUUUUGUGAAACAUUAUUUCACUACUGUAAAUGUAGAUUUUCUAAAAACUACUCGUGAUAAAUAG